AUGACUUGGUGUCUGGGGUAUCAGGAACCCAUCAUGAAAUUCGCCAAGUUAGGCCGGGAUUGGGACUCCGGUGCGCCGCCCGCAAUGAUGCCCGAUUACGGGACCGGGCACGGCCGGGCCAGUGGUUCUCCGGAGAGCCCAGACGAGGCGGACGCCGGCCUGGUUCGGGGCAGUCUCAUGCACAAUGCCACGCAGGUCUCCACCAGCAAACCGCCAGACAAGAUGUGGGAGGACCUCGAAUUCGAUCCGGAGCGGAUCCCAAUGUUCAAGCUGAUCUUCCACUCGGUACAAAUCAUCUUCGGCUUUGUGUCCUGGGCGCUGGGGAUCGCUGUUUUCAGAGCCGAUGGAUCCAGAAUCGUUGUUUUUACUCUCAGUACCGGCCUGGAUUUACCUGAUGAUGGCCCCCGCGGUUCCCACGCACACGAAAGCUCGCCGAGCCCCACGCCAUGCUGGUUGUCGACGCCCUCUACGCCAUCAUCUGGCUCUCGGCCUUCUCAACCCAGGGCCCGCUUACAACACGGCCAACCUCUGCCGGGACAGCCUGCGUGCCUCAGCAAGGCCGACCGUUGCCAUGGCCCGUAUUCGUUUGUCCUCUUCUUCUGCGUGACGACCUUCUUCAGCAUCUGGACCCUUAAAUACUACCAGUGGAACAACCGGCUGCUGGGCUACGACCGCGCGCAGCUCAACAGCCAGAACAUCGACCCGGACAAGGCGGCCUUCUCGCUGGCGCCGCACGACGAGGAGUCGUACGCGCCCGUCAACGCCGCCGACCACGACCACGACACCGACCACGACGACCGCCACGACGGCUCCAGCUACGGCGGUGGUUUCGGCGGCGGCGCCCGCUCCGACUACUCGGACCCGUACGGCUCUGGUGUGGGCGCCGGCACGGCCAGCCAUGUCGGUGGUGCCAGCACCGUCAGCAGCUACCAUGAUAACCCCUUCCGCCAGCAGGAGGCCAACCCCUUUGAUGGCCACGACACUGAGUACCACUCUGGGAGCGUGUCGGCGGCGGGUCGCUAUGCCACGCCCGCGCCGACGGAUGGGUUUGAGGAUGCGAGGUUUCCCCGUGCUGAUUAUGACCGGAUUGAAAGGCUGUAA